CUAGAAAUACCCAAGACGCUCUUUAUUCUGUUUCAAAUUUUCAUUAUACCAGGGGUAAACGAAGCAAUAAAUUUACUGCAACUUCUUUCGAUUUGCGAAAACUGCGUCUACAGACAUACUUUGGUGAAUCCAUUUGAUAUCGGACUAUGAACGCGUGAACCAUCGACAACUGAUUGUGAGGUUACUGCACUAUACCAUACCCUGUUGCGUUAAGGUACCAGUGGAGGACGAUACAUCAUGGCUUUCUCUAUACGCCAAGCGCAACGGCUCCUUGCCUUGGUAGCGUUGAACUGGUCUAGCACGGCAUUGGCCAUAGACACUGCCGCCUGGAAAGGCAGAUCGAUAUACCAGACCAUGACGGAUCGAUUUGCGCGCACUGACGGAUCAACCACACACGCAUGCAACACGACACAAGGUUUAUAUUGUGGCGGGACAUGGAGGGGAAUGAUCAACCACCUCGACUACAUUCAGGGGAUGGGAUUCGACGCCGUUAUGAUCUCGCCAAUCGUUGAAAACAUCGAGGGACGUGUUGAGUACGGAGAAGCGUACCACGGAUAUUGGUCACAAGAUCUAUACUCGUUGAACGCACACUUUGGCACCCGUCAGGAUUUACUCGACUUGAGUAAUGAAUUACACUCCCGUGACAUGUACCUGAUGAUGGAUACGGUUAUCAACAAUAUGGCCUAUGUCACGAAUGGCAGUGAUCCUGCGAAUAGUGUGGACUACGCCUCCUUCACGCCAUUUAACAGCUCGAGCUAUUUCCAUGAUUACUGUCCGAUCCCGGACUACAAUAUCUACUCCGUUGCCCAGAAGUGCUGGACAGGUGAUGACAUUGUUCCGUUGCCGGAUCUGAAAACAGAAGAUUCCACAGUUCAGGAUAUGCUGAACACCUGGGUCCAGGAUAUGAUAUCCACAUACUCAAUUGACGGACUGCGCUUGGAUGCCGCCAAGCACAUCACACCACAAUACUUACCCUUGUUUGAGAAAGCUGCCGGCUCUUUCAUGACCGGGGAAGUACUGGAACAAUCGGACGACAUUAUUUGCGACUACCAGAGCAAUUACAUCUCCAGUGUCCCGAACUACCCCGUUUACUAUGCCAUGAUGAAUGCGUUCACCCUUGGAAACACGACCUCUCUCGCCGACGAGAUCAUGAACAUGAAGCAAAAAUGUCCCGAUGUGACAUCCCUAGCAUCGUUUUCCGAGAAUCACGACCUUGCCCGGUUUGCCAGUAAAACCGACGAUCUUCUCGCCAAAAACGUCCUCACCUUCACCAUCCUCUUCGACGGCAUCCCCAUGAUCUACCAAGGCCAAGAACAACACCUCGACGGUGCCGGAGAACCUCACAACCGCGAAGCCAUCUGGCUCACCAAAUACGACACCUCCGCUCCGCUCUACCAAUUAAUCUCAAAGCUCAACGCAAUCCGCAAACACGCCUACAACCUCUACAACGACUAUGUCAACAUUGAAUCCUACCCAAUCUAUCGUGGCGGCAGCGAACUAGUGAUCCGAAAAGGCAUCGACGGCCGCGAAACCAUCAUGGUUCUUUCGACGCAGGGCACGGGUAGCGGCGAAUACACGCUGACAAUGCCCGUUUCGUUCCUAGCGGGAACGGUAGCGAUAGAUAUUUUAGAUUGUCGGAAUUACACGGUGAAUCAAAGGGGGGAGUUGAGUGUCGAUAUGAAUAAGGGGGAGCCGAGGGUGCUGUUUCCCAUGGAUAUGAUGGAGGGGAGUGGGUUAUGUGGGUAUGAAUAUUCGAAUGUUUCGUAUGUUACGUUGGAGACUGAUGGGGGUGGGAGUAAUUCGGGGGCUUCGACGGUCGAGGGCUUUUGGGUUUCGUUGGUUGUGCCGGUUAUGGCUGGGUUGGUUGUAUUGUUUACAUAGACAUCACAGCACCUGUGAUGAUAUAACGAAGCUAUAUAUACGUAUUUUUAUUCUUUUAUAUGAUUUACUUUGAUAAAUUUACAGAACACAGGAUAAAAACCAUUGGAUUCAAUCUCUUUUCUUUGCUGAGUGGAGAGUUGUCUAUUAAACCACAAGUCCAGCUAAUUGAAAUCAAUUU